ACAUUAGCAAACCACCACUCUACCAGAAGAAGAUUCUUUUGAGAGCACAAACAGCAGUAAGCUCAGAGCUGUACACUAAUAAUUUAGUACAAGCGUAUCAGUGUGUAUACACACUUUGUUGUAGGAUUUUCUUUCCACUCAACAUUUAACAGCAAUAUGGUGUACUGUAGUGUGACCUUGAGUGCAGAUUAUGUGUGAGUGACAUUACUGGGGUCUUGCUUCCGUGGUGUAAACAUGGAAGAAGAUCAAGUGCCAAGUGAGGAGUCCUCUCAAGCACCAGAGGUGAAGAAGGUAUAUCAUAAAUCUGAAACCAAAAGAUACAGUGAGAUCUUCAGGGAGUUUGAUAAUCUUGAUUUAUCUUUAAUCUCUUUGCAGGGGAGGAUCUCCCAAGAUGCAGACCUGGCUCUAUGUCGCUGUGAAUGUGGAGUGGAGACGGCAUUGCAGUAUGCCAAGAUGUGGUGCCGCUAUGCCAAAGACCUCCUGGCCUGGAUGGAGAAGAGAAUCAGCAUGUCACAGGAAUUUGCAAAAAAUAUUAUGAAGACCGCAGAAGGUGCAAAAAUCAAUGUGGCACAGCAGGAAAUGAUGCCUCUGCAGUACAUCUACACAAUGGCACUAGAGCAAGACAUCAAGAACAGUGUGACGUCAAGGAAGACUUCAGAACUUCUGUAUAGCCGCUGUUACCAGGCCUUGGCUGCCAAGAGGAAUGAAAUUGAAAAAUGGCGCCGGGAGUUUAAGGAGCAGUGGGCAAGAGAACAAAAGAGGAUGAAUGACUCAGUGGCAGCUUUGAAAAAGGCUCGUCAACAAUUCCAGCGUUGUGAGGAGCUAGAAAAAGCUAAAGCUAUAUCUGCCAAAGCUCAGGACGACACUGCUGGAUUGAAAACCCUGGAUAAGAGGAGAAAGUCCAAGGAUGAAGCCAGACUAAGGUGUAUGAUGGAGGCGGAGCUUCUGUACAGACAGUGUGUGAGUGACGCCAAGGUGCACCAGGAUGACUUGGUGAAGGCCAAAGAGAGAAUUAUCUCCCACACUCGCAAGCUCAUCUGUCAGGGAGACACAGUGCUUAAAGAGGCCACUGUCAACAUGUUUUACUACCAGCGGCAGCAGACAGAGCCCGUUCCCCUCGGCUACCACAACCUGGAGUUGACAUGUAGGUCUCUGGAGCCUGGCGAGCCCUACGUACUCUACAUCCUAAGCAAGCGUCGCCCUGAACAACCUCUCCAAACAUUUACCUUCCAGGAAUAUGUUUCUCAAGGCAAAGGGAACAAACGAAAAACCAGCAACCCCUUGAGCUCCCAGCACGACUGUUCGCCUAUGACUGAAGAAAGCCCUUUCAGAAGACACUGCGAUGGCAGGAAAGCAGGGUACAGUGACGGCGAGAGUAUUGGAGGAAGUUUAGAAUCUCUGUCAAGCCCUGCUCACCCAAAGAGGCUGCCUAAAACUGCAUCCACUCUGACAGUGUCAUCAGACGACCUGGAUGAACGGGAUAUUGCCUCAGAAUCUGAGUGCAUAGAUGGUCAGCAAGUCAAAGUACGCACACUUUCACGAGCUGCCCUCACACACCGACUCAGAAAGAUGAAGAGCAAGAUGGUCAAAUGCAAGCAGUGUGAAAACUACAUUGUUGUCAAUGGAGUUGAUUGUGAGGAGUGCGGGCUGGCUUUGCACAGGAAGUGUAUGGAGGUGUGUCAGUCAGAGUGUGAACACAGGAAGGGGACCGUGUUCGGAGUUGACUUGUAUCUCAUGUCGCGUGACAGGCCAGAUGAGGUGCCCUUUGUGGUGCUGCUCUGUACUUCUGAGAUUGAGAACCGUGCUCUCUCUGUCCAGGGGGUGUAUCGUGUGAGUGGGUCCAAGCCUCGCAUCCAGAAGCUCUGUCAUUCCUUUGAGACGCAGAAGGAACAAAUGGACCUGUCUGACCUCUUACCACAUGACAUCACUUCAAUCCUUAAACACUUCUUAAAGGAGCUCCCAGAACCUUUACUUACCUUUGACCUGUACAACAAUUUUAUCACUGUGGGUAAAAACAUUCAGCACCUGGGUGACAGGGAGCCUACAUCAGACAUUAAUGAGAUAAUGGAGAUCAUCAGCAGCCUGCAAAAGCUACUGCAGAAACUCCCUUCAUAUUGUUACAGCACUUUGCAGCACCUAAUGUGUCACCUGCAGAGGGUUUCAGAGAACCAAGAAAACAAGAUGUCCCAGAGCAAUUUGGGUAUUGUGUUUGGCCCAACACUGCUGCGCCCUCUUGUGUCUACAGACACAUCAAUGAUUGCCCUGCUGGAGACAAGUUACCAGGCUGUACUAGUUGAGUUCCUCAUCACACAUUGUAAUGAGAUAUUUGGCCUUCAGUCAAGAAGCCGUACGCCCACUCCUCCAGCACCCACUGCACCUCUUCCUGACACCCCUCCCAGAGCUUCCUGUCACCUGGAUGGAGACGUGUACGCUGACUCAGAGCAUGAAACUUCAUCCAGAGAGCGGCCUCUCUCACUCGAAAAUCGAACAAUCAAGAGAGAGUCAAGAGGUUAUAUAUCUGACAAGUCUUCAUCCAAUGAAGCAGUGGACCAGCUCAGCCCUGAAGCCAAUGAAAGAGCAGUCCUGGCUAUGAGAGGGGCAUCCAGCCAUCCUCAGAGUGAGCCACUUGGAGAACCAGACUCUGCUUUGGGGGCCGAGCCUCACUAUCGCUUCACAAGACAGCCUGUGAAGUAUCACCGACAUCACAACCCAGCAUCCCGAUUCCCCAACCCUUGUUGCGCCACCAGACAACCAGCAGCCCCAGCAAGUAGGGGCCAUCCAGGGAGCCAGGACAGCAGCCGCAGCUCCUCUCCAGAGCCUGGGAUGCAGAGACUUUCCCAAGACUCAGAUCUUCACAGUGAGAACAGCUGCCAGCCUCACCAGACCAGUGGAGCCUCGGAGAAAGUGGACGUACACCUGAGCCCCCGUCAGGUUGUGCAGUACAUGCUGUGGCUAGAAUCAACAAUUACAUCACCUGCAACUGUGACUUCAUCCACUUCAACACAGGAGUCUGCUCAGGCAGCAUCAGUUGGGUGUCAUGCUGAUCUAAAUCUAAAUCAUUCUAACAACAGCCAGAGUCUAGGACCAAGUCAGACUCUGCGUCAGUCUUCAAAAACACUUCCUCUUGAGCACAAACUCACCUCACCGGCUCAUAUUCUGUCGGGCCUGAAGCUGAGACGCAGCCACUCAGGAAAGGAUGAGCAGCUCUUUGUCUGAGAGACUGGAAUACAUUCACAUACACACAAAACACACUGAACAGUAUAUAGUAACAUUAAUAUCACCUUUAUUAUGUGGAACAACGUUUACUGCCAUUGAGAUUACUCCAGCUUUUAUGAAUAGAAUUCCCCCAUGUCUUGCACAAAGAUGUAUUGUCUUCAACAUUAGAAAUAACAGACAAAUUACUCAGAUGAAAGUACACAAGAUACAUUUUUUUAGAUUUACUCUGAGUCACUCUUUAGGGAGACAGGUGAAAAGUUAAGGUCUGAGGUAGUUCAAUGCCAUAUGCUGUAUCGCCACUAAUCUUUGUUUGGAUUGUGUUGACCUUCCAGCUGUCUGCUACCCACACAAGACUAAAGGGGUUCUUGUUCUCAUCUGUUUGAAUAUUGUAUUUAAAUGUAGCAACAGAUGCUCUGGGAUGCAGGUUAAGAAAUAGAACGAGCACAUUCAGUAGCUGUCUUUUUCUUUUUCAGAAUAUGUCUUGAACAAAGUUUCAUGAAAAUCUACAAAUACAAUGUAAUCAAGUGCUGUAUAUUUCAGUUAUACAUUAUUUGUGCUUUAAAAACUUAAUUAGAGCAGAACGUCGUUUUAUGGUACACAAUUAAAAAUAUGCCUUCAUUGCUGUCA